UUUCCUAAGAAACACAAAAAUACAAUGGAGAAGAUGUUAUAUGUAGUUCCCACCAAAAGUACCUUCAUCUUUCAUACCAAAUUUUUCAAGCUUCGCAAUACAAAACUGUUUAUUAUUGUUAUUAUGAUUAUUAUGCUUUCCAUUAUUGUAUCAUCAAUAUCGGCAGCAUAUGCAUCAGCAGAAAUAUUAAGUUCGAGGAAACACUAUUCAAGUAGAAGGCAGUAUAAUAAACUUUCCCACAUCGUGUGAAUCUCUGUUGCCGAUCCAUCACGAAGUUAUAAAACGUGAAAGACAACAAGAAUUACAUCAUUCGCUGUAUUCUCUGAGAACGCGCACGUUCGUUUACCGAGUACGAACCACAGUGAACUUGAACUCAAACAUUAAGGAGGAAGCGUUUGUUGCUUGAGAAACCAUAAAGUUAAUCGGAAACGGCUAAUAAUCAAUUUCAAACAUUUGUGCAAUAAGCGAUGAUAUAAUAAACGGAGUUGAGUUACUGUUUAUAAAAGGUGAAUUUCUUUAAAUAUUCGUGGGCAACCUCAAAACUUGAAAAUGAAUGUUGAAGAGUUUAGAUGUCGCGGAAAAGAAAUGGUGGAUUAUAUUUGUUCAUACCUCAUCAAUGUUGAAAAAAAAAGAGUUACUCCCAAUGUAGAACCAGGAUAUUUGAGGAAUUUAUUGCCAGAAGAAGCGCCCCAAGAGCCUGAAGAUUGGGAAGCUAUUAUGAGUGACCUCGAUGAUAAAAUAAUGCCUGGAAUAACCCACUGGCAGCAUCCUAGGUUUCACGCUUACUUUCCCAGUGGAAAUUCUUUUCCUAGUAUAUUGGCGGAUAUGUUGAGUGACGCAAUAGGAUGUAUAGGAUUUUCUUGGGCUGCCAGUCCAUCUUGCACAGAAUUAGAAACGAUAGUUGUUGAUUGGUUAGCAAGAGCGAUGGGCUUACCAAAUCAUUUCAUAACUUCACAUAGAGGAAGCACUGGAGGAGGAGUAAUUCAAGGCUCAGCAAGUGAAUGUAUUUUGGUCUCAAUGUUAGCUGCACGCAAUCAAGCUAUCAAGCAUCUGAAAAAUAUGAAUCCUGAUAUUGAGGAUAGCGCUUUUUUACCGAAAUUAGUAGGAUAUUGCUCAAGGGAAUCACAUUCUUGUGUUGAAAAGGCUGCUAAAAUACUUUUGGUUAAGUUGAGGAUAUUAGAUCCAGACGAAAAAGGUGCGCUUAGGGGCGGAUCUCUAAAAGAAGCAAUGGAAAAAGAUGCGGCUAGAGGAUUAUUACCAUUUUUUGUAUCAACGACACUUGGUACGACCUCUUGUUGUUCAUUCGAUAAUUUACCAGAAAUCGGUCCGAUAUGUAAAGACACACCUUGUACAUGGUUACAUGUCGAUGGUGCCUAUGGUGGAAAUGCACUUAUAUUACCAGAAUUGAAAUAUCUUCUCAAUGGAUUAGAAUAUGCAGACUCUUUCAACAUAAAUCCCAACAAGUGGCUACUAGUUAACUUUGAUUGUUCAUGUUUGUGGGUGAAAUCCAGAGAAAGACUUACUCAUGCAUUAGUGGUAGAUCCGCUUUAUCUACAGCAUGCUAAUGCCGAUGAAGCAAUAGAUUACAGACACUGGGGAAUUUCUUUGAGUAGAAGAUUCAGAGCCUUAAAACUUUGGUUUGUAAUAAGGAAAUAUGGUCUCUCUGGGUUACAAUCAUAUAUGAGGAAUCAUAUCAGGUUGGCAAAAAAUUUUGAAAGCCUCAUUCUCAGAGAUAACAGAUUUGAAGCGAUGAAUGAAGUGAAAUUGGGCUUAGUUUGCUUUCGCCUUAAAGCAAGUGACAUAGUAAAUCAAAACCUAUUGGCUAUUAUUAAUGCUGCAGGAAAGCUGCAUAUGAUUCCUUCUAUGGUUAAAGGAAAAUAUGUUAUUAGAUUUUGUGUUACCCAUGAACAUGCCAAAGAUGACGAUAUAGAUAUAGCUUGGUCAAUAAUUGAUAAGCAUGCUUCCAGAUUAAUAAAUGUGGGAAAAGAAAUAUUUAUAAGACCUCCUCUCACGAGACAAAAAUCAAAAAGAUUUUCCUUCACAAGAAGUGUGUCAAAGGAACUUUACAAGAGAUCCAUCAGUAAAUCAAAUCUGCAUGAUGGUGCAACACCUAUUUUAGUAGCAGAUUCUGAUGAUGAGAGUGAAGAAUGUAGUAGAGACAUCUUGAAUGAAUUGGUUAUAACUUCGACCAAUUUAGAUGAAGAUGAUGAAGUAUUCAUCGAAGAAGAAUAGGAAGGCUUGAAGAAAAUACUAAGAAUUUCAGACGCAUAGUCCCCAUUCCUUGCAAUUUUCCAUCGGGAAGAUGUGUGUGAAGUUGGCCCACCACUUAUAGAUUUUCGAAAUGUUUGUGCUGAAUUGAUCUUCUAAAUCAGAACAUAUGCAAAAGUUGUGCUAGAAGUGUACUAACUUUUGUAGCGUAGAAAAUUUCACGAAAGUCCCACCAAUUUUCCGAAAUACAAUUGACGUCAUAAAAAUACAACUACAAACGCUUUGCAGCUACAAAGUAUUCGCUCAGUGAAUAUGGCUCAAUAUCAAUAACACAGUUUCUCAGUCUUUUUUUGAAAAUAUUAAUGUUAAGUAAAAUUCUUGAAUUAUUUAAUGCAUUGGAUAAUUUUAUGCCCAUGUAAGAUGGAUGUUUUUCUGUUAUCGAUAAUCUGUGAAUAGGACAAACCUGCACCAGGUUUGCUGAUCUUGUGUUAUAAUUAUGAUGAAUAGCACAGUUAUUCAAGUAGAGUGCAGUAGAUUUCGAAAAUCUCAUAAAUUAAGCUUAAUUAAUUGUCAUAUGUAUAUCUUAUGACUAAUAAAGAGGUUAUUAUUA